AAACAUAACACAAGAAAAACAAUGACAACUGAGUUUAGCUCGCGUAAUACGUUUCGAAAAACGGGCGUUAGUGGAUUAAACAACAAUGCUCGUAAUGUUAUUACUUCUGCAAAUCCAUCUGGGGGGAGCAGCGCAUCCCUUCUCCAAAAACAGCUCUCAUUUAAAACCCCUAUUUGUUCCAACCAAUUUGGUAAAGCUGAUGAUGUUGAAAUUAUCGACAAUUCUAAUUUGGACAAUAUUGCAGGACGAUAUAACAAGAAUAAUAUUAUUGGUUGGAUAUGCUGCGCUCCUUGCAUAUGGCUGCGCACCUCAGCUGCAGUUCAUAAAGUGGCUAUAACGUCCGCAACUUUAUUGGUAACAACAUUACUGGUUGCUUCACCAAUAUUAUUUUUAAUCAGUACAGCACCCUCGCCACUUCCAAAAGAUUGUUAUAUGGAGGGCGAUGGCUGUUCGUCUACAAUUUCAUCUCCUUCAGAAUGUACGGAACCAAUUUGUGAAACAGUGGCUUCUAACAUUCAAGCAAGACUAAAUUGGAAUAAAGAUCCUUGUUCUGAAUUUAAGAAAUUUAGUUGUUGGCGCAAAACGUUCAAUAACAAUAUAACUAAUUUUAUUGAAAUGGGCAAUUCACAAAAGUCAGUGGAUAUGCAAAUACAAUUUCUUUUGCAGAGUUCGACAUUAAGUGGAAAUUAUAAGAAGCUACAAAGUUUAUAUGAAAGCUGCUUAAAGCUGACAACCAAUUCAAGCGCUAUACACCGUGUAUUUGCUUAUUUAGGAGGAUACCUAACAGUUGGUGUUUUAGGUCCUUCGUCAAUCGCUCCGCUUGUAGCCAAAAUCUAUGACCUUGGUCCAAGUCCACUUGUUGAUAUAUAUUACGAUCUUAGUUAUGGAAGAAGACCACAUGUGCUUCUUAUCAUAAGUGGACCAAGCACAUCAUCUGUUAUAUUAGAGAAUAAAAUUCGCUGGAUGAGCCCGAAAGCACCUCCAAAUCGCUUACGUCAAGGAAUACCCAAGCUAUUGCCAGAUUUAAUCGAUCAACUUCUACCAAGUUACUUAUCAUAUGCUCAACGAAUAUCUGAGAAAGACACAAUUUUAGAAUUUAUAAAGGAUCUGAACAAGCUUCAAGUUGAACAGUCACGCCGAGGUUUUUGGGAAAGCUCCGUUUUAUAUAAUGUAUCAAGUUUGCAGGCCAUGUAUCCAGUUCUGAAUUGGACUUUGCUAAUUCCAAAGGACUGGAGCGGACCCAUUGUUGUAAGAAACGCUGAUUAUCUCAAAGCGUUACAAUCUUUUCUUACAAAGUAUCCAUCUCGAAUUGCACAUAACUCAAUGCUAUUACUAAGUGUACUUGAAAUUUUACCCAAAGAUUUUCCAAAUCCGGAGGUGUGCACACGCUCUACUAUGUGGGCAUUACCAGAUCUAGCUUCAGAAUUAUAUAUUUCACAACAUUCUUCAGUAGAUUCAAAAGACAUAAUAAAACGGGCGGAAAUAAUAUUUAAAUCACUAAAAGCUCACUUAAAGCGAGCUCCAUCUUUAAAAGGCGCAGCACUUGUAAAGCUCUCCGCAUUAAAAAUUCAAUCAAAAACAUGGGAAGGAUUCUCAAAUAUUACACAAUUGACGAAAGCCUUGGAACCCCUUGAAAUCAGUCAGGACAAUUGGCUGGAUAACAUUUUAGAGAUUUAUAAACGGAAUAAAAUAGUGCCUAAUAAAAUUAAUAUGGACGCUAACUCCCAUGACGCAUGGGCAUAUCCUAUUGUGUCGACCAUAUUUUAUGACACAUUAAGCCACUCAAUUGUUGUUCCUUUGUCGGUCAUACUAAUACCAUAUUUUAAUGCACGUUUGCCUCCAUACCUGCAUUAUGCUUCAAUUGGUGUUUCUAUUGCUAAGGAAAUUCUGCGUUCAAUAACGAAAAACUUUGAUGAUAAGGCUAUGCGUUGUGUGCCGCAUUCUGUAAACAUAUUUUCGAACUUUAGCCGAAUGGAUCUACUAAUUCAUUCUGGAGGAAUGCAGAUUUCAUACCAUUCAAUGCUUUCACUCACUGGCCCUAUCAAAGGAAUGCCCCGCCUCCCAGGGUUAAAUUUGACACCAACACAAAUUUUUUUUUUGGUGUCUGCCCAAGAACUUUGUACUGAAUCAAAUUACAUGGGAAUUGACACAAACGCAACAGAGUUUGACAAUAUAUUGGGUUGGCUUAUUGCUCAAGGGGGCAGCGCGACUGAGGUUUUUAAAUGUCCAUCGGGAUCUAUGAUCAACAUUCAAAAAACAUGCAAUGUUCUUUAAAUGAAAAAUAAGAGUAUUUACUAAAAAUGAAAAUUAGUUUUUCAAAAGAACCUUUGUAAACAACACAAAUAAAGAAAAGAACAACCGUAUUAAGUUAAUU